AUGGCCUCGUCGGCAGGCGCUCCCCAAUCUCCCGCAAUCCCACACCACCCGCGAAGCCUUGGUGUUGGUAGUGACCCCUCACAGCCUAGUCCCCAGAAGAUAUUUAAUGAAAUCAUUCAUAAAAUACCCACAAUCCAGAAAUUCACUGAAAUCAUAUAUGAGAACAUUAGCCCCAGUGAUGUAGAAUGGACUCAGGAUGGUCUAGUGAGUCGUGAGGAGCAGAGGGGCCUGGACGCUGGUGUUGGAAUGACCUUUGAUGGAUUUACCGGUGUUUAUCAAGGCUCUCACAAAGAACCAGAUUUUUCCUUUAGAGCUGAUACCGACGAUUUUCCUUCCAUUGUUAUAGAAUCCGGUUGGUCUGAGUCAUUGCCUUAUCUGCGGGCAGAUAAGGAUCUUUGGAUGAAGGGAAACAAUUUCGUGCAGCUUGUCAUCUUGCUAAAUUGGCAUAAGGUCCCCGGAGGACGAGUAAAGGGGAGUGCGGAAAUUUGGAGACGUAAUGGGGCUGGAAACCUUGUCGCCACAGAAAUGACAAUUUUCCCUGUACCAAGUACCCCUGUUCUCAAUGAGCACAUCGAAUUUACCAAGGGUCAGCUCUUCGGAGCAGCAGCAAUAGGGCAUCCUGAUGCGGGUACUGUGCUGAGUCUUCGAAUGUCAAGGCUAAGGGAAAUCGCUGAGGAGAGGCUUGUUAAGAAGAUGGGGUUGAUGCCCGCGUAA